AACCAGAUAAACAAAAAAGAGACACAAGUAUAGUCAGUUACAGUAUAAAUUUGUUACGCAUCACGAUCUUAUGCAAAAUAGAAAAAGUCUAAAGUAAAUAUAUUUUAAUAAAAAUAUUCUCUUUAUAAAAUAAAACUAAAAGCACAACAUAUAAAAAUCAAGCAAAAGCUAAUAAAGCUUAAAAACAAAUAUUAAAAAUAUACAGAUAUACAAUUACAUUCCAAGGUUAUCCACGUGCAGAAAAAUUCAGAAUGGACCUCAGUCAACUUUUGUGGUCAAAAGCGAAGAUCCCGUCCGAACAACAGGAUGCGCACCAGUUACUGAAGAAGCAGCGGUACCACGGUAAUGUGGGUGAUAAACAGUCAUAUUGGAAACAUCCAGUAUUUGCUACGCCAGCAGGAUACUUAGGCUUUGAUAUACCAGUGACAACCAGCAUUACAUUGUUGUCUGGAUUUCAUAGACGAUUGAGCAAAGUAUUGUUAUACGCAGAAAAGGACUCAGUGCUAGUAGUACCGGAGAAACCAGAGGAGGUACCAACUCAAGUACUAAUGACAGCGGUACCUGAGGUUCCAAUCAGCGUCCAUGUGGCAGUGGGUCAACACAUGCAGCGUGUUGACACGAGACUAGACAUCAUUCUGACCAACGAAGAGUGGCAGGCAGCAGUACAGAAGAUGGCAGCCGAACUAGGCCCAAAGACAAGGCGCACGGUAGCAACACAAACCGUGGAGACCAGAUUGACAUCAGCUCCUCACCCAGGGUGUCUAAAGUGCAAACAAACAGGGCACUCCUUCGACAAAUGCCCUAACGAGCUGCAAGGUGACUGUUACUGCACUAACUGCAGACGUUUAGGACACACCAAUAAUGACUGUCCCUACCAGAGAUGGCGUACCGAGGGGUACGAAGCUAUGAGAGGGUACUGCCGUCGCUGCUCAACGCAGUACCCGUUCGAGAACGACUCCUGUGUAGACUGCAGGCUGAGAAGUCAGGUGACGAAAGCAGCACGGGGAGCAUAUCUGAUAUUGCCUCCGUAAAUAUCCAGAUGAAGACCAGGAUUUAUGCACAGCUCAACCAGAGAUGGACCAAGAUUUGCUCAAGACAACCAGUGUGACAUCCAACAAUAGUGAUUUCAUUUGUAAACCGGUUUUUUGUUUAUUUUUCAUUUUUAUUUUUUAUUUUGGUCAAAAGUUAUUUUUAUUUUUUUAUUAUUGUGCAUAAAUUCAAUAUUCUCGAUUUAGACACAUGCAACCAUAUAAUUGGUGAAAAAAAAAAAAAAAAAAAAUUGCAAAUUAUUAUUUUUGAGUUAUGGAAAAACUGGUCAGUUCUUAGUUUUGUUUUCAUUUUUUAUUUUUUUAUUUUUAUACACAUUUGUAUUGGUAUAUGAUUAUUAUUUUUAUUUUUGUACUUUAUUGCUACCAGAAGUGUGUGCCUGUAAAGAUAUAGAAUAGCGUAGAAGGACAUUGAUGAGUCCAAAACUGAACCAGUCAGUAUUCAAUAGAGACAUAGAAAUGUAUACUGUUUAUAUUUAAUAUUUAUCUCUUUAUAAAAAAAUGUUUAUAUAAUGAUAUUUCUUUUUAUGCUGGAAUACUAGCUAUUACAUUGUACAGCAGUAUUACCAGAAAUUAGCCACAGUGUGAACGAUUGAGUGAAUCAUGUGGUAAUGUUGUUACUGUCGGCGCGGUAAGAUUUAACUUCAACCGGUCUAUUUUUUUGCGAUUUAAACUCACCUGGGUUAAAGUUAAGGGGGGUGGUGUUACGAUGUGGGCAUCGUUCGCCUCCAAAUGAUCUAGGGUGGGGUUGUCACGUGCUCCAGCAUGGUGCUUCGGCCUAUAUAAGCACGUGCAUAGCUCUAGCUUUAGUUUUUACUUUUGUUAGCAUCAGCACCUUGUAUAGUAGCUUGUAUAUUACCAGCUUUAGCUCAUAGCUUCUCAGUCGUUAUUACCAGCUAAAACCAGAGUAGAACCUGGAUCGCGUUUUCAAUCAGACGAUACCAGAGUAUAACCAGAUUAGUUAUUCGGGCUGUGAAUAGUAUAUCGCGUUAAACUGAGUUACAGUUAGUUAACUCGGCGAAUAACUAAUUAUAAUUAUUGCAAUUAGUUAAUAAUUCUAAUAACAGUAUCGAAUCAAUAAUUCAUAAAAUACUAUACUUGAAUUAUUGGGUAAUGGAGCUAUGCGAGUGUGAAUCGCAGUAACGACAGUAUCACAUGCAGUUAGUUGUGUGAUACAAUGACUUUGUAAUCAGAUUGUGUGCGUUGUGGCAUUAUUGAUAAUUACUCAAUAAAAUAUAAUUAUCAGUAAAUAAGUACUUG